UGCCGCGGGGCGUCGGCACCCUGCCCCCGCGGGACGGGGCCUGCUGGGCCCGGCCCGGCCUGCCGCUCCCUCCCCGCCCGCCGGGGUCCCCGCCGGCAGCGACGAUGUUUUCUCUCAAGCAGCCCAAACCCACCUUCAAGUCCUACCUUCUGCCGCUGCCUCAGGCUGAAGACCAUAUAGCAUCAGAACCAAGGAUUAAAAAACUGGAACCAGUACUUCUGCCAGGUGAAAUUGUGGUAAAUGAAGUAAAUUUUGUGAGAAAAUGCAUUGCGACUGAUACAAGUCAGUAUGACCUGUGGGGCAAACUGGUUUGCACUAACUUCAAGAUUUCCUUCAUUACGGAUGACCCAAUGCCAUUACAGAAAUUCCAUUAUAAAAACCUCCUCCUUGGUGAACAUGAUGUCCCACUAACAUGCAUCGAGCAGAUUGUCACAGUGAAUGACACCAAGAGGAAGCAGAAGGUCCUUGGUCCCAACCAGAAACUUAAAUUUAAUCCAACUGAAUUAAUAAUUUAUUGCAAAGACUUCCGAAUUGUCAGAUUUCGUUUUGAUGAAGCAGGUCCUGAAAGCGCAAAAAAGGUGUGCCUUGCAAUAGCCCAUUAUUCUCAGCCAACAGAUCUUCAGCUUCUCUUUGCAUUUGAGUAUGUUGGAGAAAUAUAUCACAAUCCAGCCAAGAAGGUGAAUGGAAUAGAUCCAGGAGGUGGUGGUGCCAGUGGUCAGCAGACACCUUUGUUUGAAACUUACUCUGACUGGGAUAGAGAAAUCAAAAGGACAGGUGCAUCAGAGUGGAGAGUUUGUUCAGUCAAUGAAGGUUAUAUGAUAUCUACUUGCCUUCCAGAAUAUUUUGUGGUUCCAUCUUCCUUAGCAGAUCAAGACCUUAAGCUAUACUCCUACUCUUUUAUUGGGAGACGAAUGCCAUUGUGGUCCUGGAAUCACCCUAAUGGGAGUGCCCUCGUUAGGAUGGCCAACAUUAAAGAUGUCUUACAACAAAGAAGAAUUGAUCAAAGGAUUUGUAAUGCGAUAACUCGAAGCCAUCCCCUUAGAAGUGACGUUUAUAAAUCUGAUCUGGACAAGAGUCUCCCCAACAUCCAGGAGAUCCAGGCUGCACAUGUCAAACUCAAACAGCUGUGUGUUAAUGAGCCCUUUGAAGAAACUGAAGAGAAGUGGCUGUCCUCACUGGAAAAUACUCGCUGGUUAGAGUAUAUUAGAUCCUUUCUGAAACAUUCUGCUGAGCUUGUAUAUAUGAUGGAGUGCAAGCAUGUUUCUGUAGUUCUACAAGAGGAAGAGGGCCGGGACCUGAGCUGUCUUGCUGCUUCACUCAUUCAAGUCAUGCUGGAUCCCUAUUUUCGAACAAUUGUUGGAUUUCAAAGCCUAAUCCAGAAGGAAUGGGUCAUGGCAGGGUAUCAGUUUUUGGACAGGUGUAACCACUUAAAGAGAUCUGACAAAGAGUCUCCUUUGUUCUUGAUGUUUCUUGACUGUGUUUGGCAGCUGCUAGAACAAUACCCAGCAGCCUUCGAGUUCUCUGAAAUUUACUUGACUGUACUGUACGACAGCGCACGUGUAUCACUGUUUGGCACUUUCCUCUUCAACUGCCCUCAUCAGCGAGUAAAGGAGAGCACUGAGUUUGCCAUAAGCAAAAAUAUUCAGCUGGGUGAUGAGAAAGGCCUCAGAUUUCCUUGUGUUUGGGACUGGUCUCUUCAGUUUACACACAGGGAUCGCCUGCUCUUCCACAACCCUCUGUACAUUGGAAAGAGUGCGCCCUAUGUACAGAAUGGAGCCGUGAAGACUUUUAAACGCUCAAAGAAAAACUACAGCUCCACAUUGCGAGGGGUACCCCCAGCACUAAAGAACGGAAUCAUCAGUGAGCAAGAGUUCCUUCCAAGAAGAAACUCUCUGAUACUAAAACUGAAACCGGACUUUCUCCAGCACACAGAGAGUCCGACUGGCAGUAUGGAACAGUACUUCAGAGACUGGUUUGCAAAGCCUGUUGAUUUGCACGGUGUGAUCCUACCCCAUGUCUCUGGAACACAAAUAAAACUGUGGAAACUCUGCUACUUCCGCUGGGUUCCUGAGGCCCAGAUUAAUCGUGGUGGUUCCAUCACUGCUUUCCACAAAGUGUCUUUGCUGGCAGAUGAGGUAGACAUGUUAAACCGGAGUCUUCGGCAGUACAAAAGCAACUCUUUGCACAGCAGCUGCUUGGAACUGGAUCAAAGCAGGAUGUACUUCAGAGCAAAUGGUUUAAAUGACACCUCUGGGGCCCCAGACUUUCUCUCCUCCUCAUUCCCAUUUUCUCCUGUAGGGAACCUCUGCAGACGGAGCAUUCUGGGAACACCUUUAAGCAAAUUUUUAAGUGGUGCCAAAAUCUGGCUAUCCACUGAGACGCUUGCAAACGAAGACUGAGAUGUUGUGAUGGUUUAAAGUUGUAGGGAAAAUAGAGCCUAUCACUUUGUCUUUUCUAAGUUAACACUGCUAAAUGCGGCAUUGAAAGCUGUAAUAAUUUUUCUAUACAAACAUUACGUAAGUUUUGCACAGAUAUUUAAAAGCAAAGCAGUCAUGCUUCAGAUCGCACACAUUCAUCUUCAGUAGUUGUCACCUGCUAGGGCUGCUGGUCCCGAAUUCCUCCGUGGUUUUGUGGUUUGCCUCAUUCUAAGCGGUGGAGCACUUCAUUAGCUAACUGAAGGGCUUGGUAUGGUCAUGCAUGAGGGUUCUGCUCAACAGAUCUAUUUUCUCAGAUAGUGACUGAUGUGACCGUAGUGUCAACAGCUCGGCAGGUCAGAGAGUUCAGUGCAGGGGUGCAGGGGACACAGACUGACAGCUGAAACCUGGGAAUAGACUCUUUUAUCAGACUGCCUCUUCAGGAAGAACACUUCCAUGUGGACAUACAUACAUAUCCACUAAUGUUCUGUGACUUGGUCACCCUACAUAGGUGUUGAUGCAGUGUGUAUCCAGGGAUUGUGCACUCUUUUCUUUCUCCCCCCAAAAUGUAUUCAUUAACAAU